AUGAAGACUUUUAAUGAAUCAUGUCUUAUGGUGAGGCGGCCUUCUGUGGAAUUGAUUAGCUACAUCAAGAACAUCAACUUGAACCACCCUGUGCAUAGAUUUGUGCUAUAUGGCCGCAAGGGAGCUGGCAAAACAUGUGUGAUGAACCAUGUCAUGCAUGCUUGUUACAGAGAUAACUGGAUCAUUGUGCAUGUUCCUUGGGCUGGAAGAUUGGUGCGGGGAUGGAAGAAAGAGAUUACAGAAUCGUCAUACAAGCCGGGUCGUUAUGAUGUUCCAGCAGAUGGUGCAGCUUGGCUAGCCCACUUUCUUCACCAGAACCAAGGAAAGUUGAAAGAUUUAAAGACUACAUCUGAGUAUGUGUGGACUAAGCGAGAAAAGGCUGAAGCUGGAACACCACUUGAGGAAAUUAUAAAUUUUGGAAUGACUCGUAUUAAGUUCUCAUCAGAUUGCGUUGGAGUCGUCCUCAAGGAGCUCAGGCAGCAAGCACAGACUAAAGGAUUGAAAGUGUUUGUGGCUAUUUCAUCAGUGAAUGCUUUCUUUGUGGAGUGGGACCAUGUUAAUACCUUGAGGAAUGCAGAAAAGAAGAAGAUAGAGCCUGAGGAAAUGACCAUCAUUCAUAAUUUUAAAAAAAUGCUUAGUCCAACAUGGACACAUGGUGUUGUAGUUUGUACUGUGAGUGAGGUAGUCAAUAUGGAAACACAAAGAGAAAAAUACACACCACUGUAUUUACUUGGAAAAGAGGGCUUUGAAUUUCUGGAUCCAUUUGUGCCAAUUUUGGUGCCAGAAUAUUCUGAAAAAGAAGCCCUCAGCAACAUUGACUAUUACAUAGAUCGCAACUGGAUCCAACAUGAUUAUGGCAAAACUGAGGAAGGAAAGAAGGAAAUCAUGUUUGUCAGCAACAAGAAUCCCUUCAAUAUUUAUAGAGUCUGUUCAUCUUUAUAA